GGGCUCCGAGCCUGGAGUGAGCAGCAGCUGCAAGAGGCUGAGGAGGAGCAGAGCGCAGGAGCAGGCGGCACUGGCAGGCAAGGAAGGGGGGAAGGAAGCGAACUGCAGGGGUUAGGCGCUUUGCAAUGCAACAGUAACGCCUGUCCCGUGCUCUGCUGUGGGAUAACAUCCAGAUCUUGUUUGCCCCUGGACUGGAUUGCAGGUCUGUUCCGCUCCGUUAAAUGCCCCGAUCAGUUUGAAGGAAUCUAUCUGGUGACUGGAAAUAUUCCCUAUGGUCAAGCAACACUUUCAGCCAACCUUGGUUUUUUUAAUUAAAUGAACUUAAAUUUUGAGGUAUUUUUAGCGGGCUCCCACAAGUGAUCUGGCACCAUGGUGGCCCUGUCCUUGAAGAUCUGCGUCCGCCAGUGCAAUGUGGUGAAGACAAUGCAAUUUGAACCAUCCACUGCAGUGUAUGAUGCAUGUAGAGUUAUUCGUGAGCGAGUGCCUGAGGCUCAAACAGGGCAAGCCUCUGACUAUGGACUGUUCUUGUCAGAUGAAGAUCCUCGGAAAGGUAUUUGGUUGGAAGCUGGAAGGACACUGGAUUAUUAUAUGCUGCGAAGUGGGGAUAUUUUGGAGUACAAAAAGAAACAGAGACCUCAGAAAAUACGAAUGCUGGAUGGAUCAGUGAAAACCGUUAUGGUGGAUGAUUCUAAAACUGUUGGUGAAUUGCUGGUUACCAUUUGCAGCAGGAUAGGUAUAACCAAUUAUGAAGAGUACUCCGUAAUCCAGGAGAUCAUUGAGGAGAAAAAGGAAGAGGGCACAGGUACACUUAAGAAAGACAGAACGUUGUUACGAGAUGAAAGAAAAAUGGAGAAGUUGAAGGCGAAGCUUCAUACAGAUGAUGAUUUAAACUGGCUAGAUCACAGUCGAACAUUCAGAGAACAAGGAGUUGAUGAAAAUGAAACACUGCUGCUGAGGCGAAAAUUCUUUUAUUCGGACCAGAAUGUAGAUUCAAGAGAUCCUGUUCAGCUGAACUUGCUUUAUGUUCAGGCUCGAGAUGACAUUCUGAAUGGCUCCCAUCCGGUCUCCUUCGAGAAGGCUUGCGAGUUUGGAGGCUUUCAAGCACAAAUCCAGUUUGGACCUCAUGUAGAGCACAAACACAAACCUGGAUUUUUAGAUCUGAAAGAAUUCCUGCCUAAAGAAUACAUCAAACAAAGAGGAGCUGAAAAGAAAAUAUUUCAGGAACACAAGAACUGUGGAGAGAUGACUGAAAUUGAAGCCAAAGUGAAGUAUGUGAAGCUAGCACGCUCCCUCAGGACAUACGGAGUGUCCUUUUUUCUUGUUAAGGAAAAAAUGAAGGGCAAAAACAAGCUGGUUCCUCGUUUGCUGGGUAUCACCAAAGACUCAGUGAUGCGUGUGGAUGAGAAGACCAAGGAGGUGUUGCAGGAAUGGCCACUGACAACUGUGAAGCGCUGGGCUGCCUCUCCAAAAAGCUUCACUCUGGAUUUUGGUGAAUAUCAAGAAAGUUACUACUCAGUACAAACCACUGAAGGAGAACAGAUCUCUCAGCUAAUUGCAGGUUACAUUGAUAUCAUAUUGAAGAAGAAACAAAGUAAGGAUAGAUUUGGGCUUGAAGGUGAUGAGGAAUCAACAAUGUUGGAAGAAUCUGUGUCGCCUAAGAAAUCUACCAUCUUGCAGCAGCAGUUCAACCGAACUGGGAAGGUAGAACAUGGCUCGGUGGCAUUGCCUGCUGUGAUGCGUUCAGGCUCCAGUGGCCCAGAGACUUUCAAUAUUGGCAGCAUGCCUUCUCCCCAGCAACAAGUCAUGAUUGGGCAAAUGCACAGAGGCCACAUGCCUCCUCUGACCUCAGCACAGCAGGCCUUGAUGGGGACUAUUAAUACUAGUAUGCAUGCUGUUCAGCAGGCACAGUCCGACCUCAAUGAAGUUGAUAACCUACCACCUCUAGGACAUGAUAUGGCAUCGAGGGUAUGGGUUCAGAACAAAGUUGAUGAAUCAAAACAUGAAAUUCACUCUCAGGUUGAUGCUAUCACCGCAGGAACUGCCUCUGUUGUUAACCUCACAGCAGGUGACCCAGUUGACACUGAUUACACGGCCGUGGGAUGUGCGAUUACAACCAUCUCUUCUAACCUGACUGAGAUGUCCAAGGGUGUGAAACUGCUUGCUGCCCUAAUGGACGAUGAAGUUGGAAGUGGGGAGGACCUCCUGAAAGCUGCUCGGACUCUGGCAGGUGCUGUCUCGGACUUGCUGAAAGCGGUGCAGCCCACUUCAGGAGAGCCUCGCCAAACAGUUUUAACUGCAGCUGGAAGCAUUGGGCAAGCCAGUGGGGAACUCCUGAGACAGAUAGGAGAGAAUGAAACUGAUGAAAGAUUUCAGGAUGUACUGAUGAGUCUUGCCAAAGCUGUUGCAAAUGCUGCUGCCAUGUUGGUGUUGAAGGCUAAGAAUGUGGCUCAAGUUGCUGAGGAUACAGUCCUGCAGAACAGGGUUAUUGCUGCUGCUACACAAUGUGCACUAUCCACCUCUCAGCUUGUGGCAUGUGCCAAGGUUGUGAGCCCCACUAUCAGCUCUCCCGUAUGCCAGGAACAGCUGAUCGAGGCUGGAAAACUGGUGGAUCGUUCAGUGGAGAAUUGUGUCAGAGCCUGUCAGGCUGCCACAGAUGACUCUGAGCUGCUGAAGCAGGUCAGUGCAGCAGCCAGUAUAGUCAGCCAGGCCCUGAAUGACCUCUUGCAGCACGUCCGUCAGUUUGCAAGCAGGGGAGAGCCCAUUGGACGCUAUGACCAGGCAACGGAUACCAUUAUGUGUGUCACUGAAAGCAUCUUCAGUUCGAUGGGGGAUGCUGGUGAAAUGGUGCGGCAGGCCAGGGUUCUUGCUCAAGCUACUUCGGAUCUUGUCAAUGCUAUGAGGUCAGAUGCUGAGGCUGAAAUUGACAUGGACAACUCUAAAAAGCUUCUAGCUGCAGCUAAACUUUUGGCAGAUUCUACAGCUCGCAUGGUUGAAGCUGCAAAGGGGGCUGCAGCAAAUCCUGAAAAUGAAGACCAACAGCAGAGACUGAGAGAAGCGGCCGAGGGAUUACGGGUUGCCACGAAUGCAGCUGCUCAGAAUGCCAUCAAGAAGAAAAUUGUCAACAGAUUAGAGUUUGCAGCUAAACAGGCAGCAGCUGCUGCCACUCAGACAAUUGCAGCCUCUCAGAAUGCGGCCGUUUCCAACAAGAACACAGUAGCCCACCAGCAACUUGUCCAGAGCUGCAAGAAUGUUGCUGACCACAUUCCUCAGCUGGUGCAGGGUGUGAGGGAAAGCCAGGCUCAGGCGGAAGACCUCAGUGCUCAGCUUGCGCUGAUAAAUUCCAGCCAGAACUUCCUUCAGCCUGGAAGUAAGAUGGUGGCAUCCGCCAAAGCUGCAGUACCUACUGUAAGUGACCAAGCCGCAGCAAUGCAGCUAAGUCAGUGUGCCAAGAACCUUGCAACGAGCUUAGCUGAGCUAAGAACUGCCUCCCAAAAGGCUCAUGAAGCAUGUGGCCCUAUGGAAAUUGACUCUGCUUUGAACACAGUCCAAACACUCAGAAAUGAACUGCAAGAUGCUAAGAUGGCCGCUGUAGAUGGACAGUUAAAACCACUCCCAGGAGAAACGCUGGAAAAAUGUGCGCAGGACCUCGGAAGUACCUCUAAAGCUGUUGGUUCAUCAAUGGCCCAGCUGUUGACUUGCGCUGCUCAAGGCAAUGAGCACUACACAGGGGUUGCUGCCAGGGAGACAGCUCAAGCUCUGAAGACUUUGGCUCAGGCAGCAAGAGGCGUUUCAGCAUCCACCACUGACCCAAUGGCAGCACAUGCAAUGUUAGAUUCUGCAAGGGAUGUCAUGGAAGGCUCUGCUAUGCUUAUUCAGGAAGCAAAACAGGCUCUGGUUGCACCUGGGGAUGCAGAAAGUCAGCAGAGGUUAGCUCAGGUGGCCAAAGCUGUGUCUCACUCAUUAAAUAACUGUGUGAAUUGUCUGCCUGGACAAAAGGAUGUUGAUGUGGCCUUGAAGAGCAUUGGAGAAUCCAGCAAGAAACUGCUUGUUGAUUCGCUGCCUCCAAGUUCUAAAUCUUUCCAAGAAGCCCAAAGUGAACUGAACCAGGCUGCAGCUGACCUGAACCAGUCGGCGGGGGAAGUGGUUCAUGCUACCCGGGGCCAAAGCGGAGAGUUGGCUGCAGCCUCUGGCAAGUUCAGUGAUGACUUCGAUGAGUUCCUUGAUGCUGGUAUUGAAAUGGCUGGUCAAGCACAAACUAAAGAGGACCAGAUUCAAGUAAUAGGGAACCUCAAGAACAUCUCUAUGGCCUCCAGCAAGCUACUGUUGGCUGCCAAGUCUCUCUCAGUUGACCCUGGAGCUCCUAAUGCUAAGAACCUCCUAGCUGCAGCUGCAAGAGCCGUGACGGAGAGUAUUAACCAGCUCAUCACUCUGUGUACCCAACAGGCACCAGGGCAGAAGGAAUGUGACAAUGCUCUCAGAGAACUGGAGACAGUUAAAGGAAUGCUGGAUAACCCCAAUGAACCUGUAAGCGAUCUCUCGUAUUUUGAUUGUAUUGAAGGUGUUAUGGAAAACUCCAAGGUCCUUGGAGAGUCAAUGGCAGGCAUUUCCCAGAAUGCCAAGACUGGGGGUCUGCUGGUCUUUGGAGAAUGUGUUGGAGUUGCUUCUAAGGCACUUUGUGGUCUCACAGAGGCUGCAGCCCAGGCCGCUUACCUGGUUGGCAUCUCAGAUCCCAACAGUCAGGCUGGUCACCAGGGGCUUGUCGAUCCUAUCCAGUUUGCCAGGGCCAAUCAGGCAAUCCAGAUGGCAUGUCAGAAUCUGGUGGAUCCAGCGAGUAGCCCAUCACAGGUUUUAUCAGCUGCCACAAUAGUGGCCAAGCAUACUUCUGCUUUGUGUAACGCUUGUCGCAUCGCUUCAUCAAAGACAGCCAACCCCGUUGCCAAGAGACAUUUUGUGCAAUCUGCUAAGGAGGUCGCAAACAGCACUGCCAACCUGGUGAAAACUAUCAAGGCCCUAGAUGGUGAUUUCUCUGAAGAUAACCGCAAUAAGUGUAGAAUUGCGACAGCACCUUUGAUUGAAGCUGUGGAAAAUCUGACAGCAUUUGCUUCCAAUCCAGAGUUUGUCAGUAUACCAGCCCAGAUCAGCAUGGAGGGAUCUCGAGCACAGGAGCCAAUUCUGAUUUCCGCCAAGACGAUGUUGGAGAGCUCAGCUUUAUUGAUCAAAACUGCUCGUUCGCUGGCUAUCAAUCCAAAGGACCCACCUACUUGGUCUGUACUUGCUGGGCAUUCGCACACGGUUUCAGAUUCAAUUAAGAGUCUGAUCACUUCCAUUAGGGACAAAGCCCCGGGCCAGAGAGAAUGUGAUUACUCCAUUGAUGGAAUCAAUAGGUGUAUUAGAGAUAUUGAGCAGGCUUCCCUUGCAGCAGUCAGUCAGAACUUGGCCACAAGGGAUGACAUCUCAGUUGAGGCUUUACAGGAGCAGCUGACAUCAGUUGUUCAGGAAAUUGGGCACCUUAUUGAUCCCAUAGCAACAGCAGCUCGGGGAGAGGCAGCUCAGCUGGGACACAAGGUUACGCAACUGGCGAGUUACUUUGAACCCCUGAUUUUAGCUGCAGUUGGUGUGGCAUCCAAGAUGCUAGAUCAUCAGCAACAGAUGACUGUCCUGGACCAGACAAAGACACUAGCAGAAUCUGCCCUCCAGAUGCUGUAUGCAGCCAAAGAAGGAGGAGGAAAUCCCAAGGCAUCUCACACUCAUGAUGCAAUCACAGAGGCUGCUCAGCUGAUGAAGGAGGCAGUGGAUGAUAUAAUGGUUACACUGAAUGAAGCUGCCAGUGAAGUGGGCAUGGUUGGAGGUAUGGUAGACUCAAUAGCUGAGGCCAUGAGCAAGCUGGAUGAGGGCACACCUCCAGAUCCAAAGGGAACAUUUGUUGAUUAUCAAACUACGGUAGUGAAAUAUUCUAAAGCCAUUGCUGUAACAGCACAGGAAAUGAUGACUAAGUCGGUUACUAACCCGGAGGAGUUGGGAGGACUUGCAUCACAAAUGACCAAUGACUAUGGGCAUUUGGCUCUCCAGGGCCGAAUGGCAGCAGCUACAGCUGAACCAGAGGAGAUAGGGUUCCAGAUCAGGACUCGGGUACAGGAUCUUGGUCAUGGAUGUAUCUUUCUAGUACAGAAAGCUGGAGCUCUACAGAUUUGCCCUACGGACAGCUACACCAAGAGGGAGUUGAUAGAAUGUGCUCGUGCUGUCACUGAAAAGGUUUCCUUAGUUCUGUCUGCCCUUCAAGCAGGAAACAAAGGUACUCAGGCUUGUAUCACUGCAGCCAGUGCUGUGUCGGGGAUAAUUGCAGAUCUGGACACAACUAUCAUGUUUGCUACAGCUGGAACCCUUAAUGCUGAGAACAAUGAAUCAUUUGCGGAUCACAGGGAAAAUAUCCUGAAAACAGCAAAAGCUUUAGUUGAAGAUACAAAAUUGCUUGUGUCUGGGGCCGCCUCAAGUCAGGAUAAACUAGCCCAAGCAGCUCAGUCAUCGGCUACCACCAUCACACAACUAGCAGAGGUGGUAAAACUGGGAGCAGCCAGCCUGGGAUCAGAUGACCCUGAAACACAGGUUGUACUGAUCAAUGCUAUUAAGGAUGUUGCUAAGGCCCUUUCUGAUCUCAUUGGUGCUACAAAAGGAGCUGCUAGCAAACCAGCAGAUGAUCCAUCCAUGUACCAGCUCAAAGGUGCAGCUAAGGUGAUGGUAACCAAUGUCACAUCACUUCUGAAGACUGUUAAAGCAGUAGAAGAUGAAGCUACUCGAGGCACAAGAGCUCUCGAGGCCACGAUUGAGUGCAUCAAACAGGAACUCACGGUAUUUCAGUCGAAGGAGAUUCCAGAAAAGACAUCAUCACCUGAAGAAUCGAUCCGGAUGACGAAAGGAAUCACCAUGGCAACUGCCAAAGCUGUUGCAGCUGGGAACUCAUGCAGACAGGAGGAUGUGAUUGCUACAGCGAAUCUGAGCCGCAAAGCAGUAGCUGAUAUGCUAACAGCUUGUAAGCAAGCUUCCUAUCACCCAGACGUGAGUGAAGAUGUUCGAGCGAGAGCACUGCGAUUUGGAACAGAAUGUACCCUGGGAUACUUGGAUCUCCUAGAACAUGUCCUCCUGAUUCUUCAGAAGCCAACUCCAGAACUGAAGCAUCCGUUGGCUGCCUUCUCAAAGCGGGUUGCUGGUGCUGUGACAGAGCUUAUUCAGACAGCAGAAGCAAUGAAAGGCACGGAGUGGGUGGAUCCAGAGGACCCGACAGUCAUUGCUGAGACAGAGCUAUUGGGGGCUGCAGCUUCAAUUGAGGCUGCAGCAAAGAAGUUAGAGCAGUUGAAACCACGAGCCAAGCCGAAGCAAGCCGAUGAGACUCUGGAUUUUGAAGAACAGAUCCUGGAAGCAGCUAAGUCCAUUGCAGCUGCUACCAGUGCCCUAGUCAAGUCAGCCUCGGCAGCCCAGAGGGAGCUGGUGGCACAGGGAAAGGUUGGAGCUAUCCCUGCAAAUGCAGCUGAUGAUGGACAGUGGUCUCAGGGACUUAUUUCCGCUGCCCGAAUGGUGGCAGCUGCAACCAGCAAUCUGUGUGAGGCAGCCAAUGCCUCGGUACAAGGUCAUGCUAGUGAGGAGAAACUCAUCUCAUCUGCCAAACAAGUUGCGGCUUCUACAGCACAGUUACUUGUGGCGUGCAAAGUGAAGGCUGAUCAAGACUCCGAGGCCAUGAGAAGACUACAGGCUGCGGGGAAUGCUGUUAAACGAGCAUCUGACAAUCUUGUCAGGGCAGCCCAGAAAGCAGCAUUUAGGAAAGCAGACGACGAUGAUGUGGUGGUCAAAACCAAGUUUGUUGGUGGCAUCGCUCAGAUAAUUGCAGCCCAGGAGGAAAUGCUGAAGAAGGAAAGGGAGCUGGAAGAGGCAAGGAAAAAACUGGCUCAGAUCCGCCAGCAGCAGUAUAAAUUUCUCCCCACAGAACUGAGAGAAGAUGAGGCCUAAACUGCUUUGAUGUUUUUUAAUGAAAUGAGCUCAAGGGGGACAGUACAGAGAGAACUAACCUGACAGCAUUCUGAUAUGCCAAGCACUUACCUAAACAAAUUGCCUGUAAUAGCUUUAGGUGAGCAGAGGGCAAUAAACGUUUGUUCUUUCUCAUCUGUUCAGGUAAGGUGCGUGCUCAUCAAACAGAUGGUACAGUGUUAAGUCCACCAUUCCUGUUCCUUCCUUCCCUGACUCACUGUAUCUCAGGAGAGAAUGCCUCACUUUUUACAGAAGGUUAUAAAAGCAGUAUUACGUCAUUACCUUAAGCUUGAUUUAUUUAUUGUUCCUUGACCUGUUGUAAGACUUUGUUAAUAUUAAUAGGAAAACCGUUUAUCAUAGCUAUCUACCACUAUGGAGCCAGUGGAUAUUUUCCUCCCCACAAGAAGACCAAGAUUGAGGUGAAUAUUUAUUUGAGAGGAAAAAGGCACCUGAGUGUGGGUUUUAGAGAUUUUGUCCUCUUUCAGUGUUAUGAAGCUGGUUCACCCCAGGAUCGGAGGGAUCUUCUUUGUACCUGUUUGCACUAGUUUUAUUAGUUCCUGCACAGUAUCCACCAGCUUCUGCUUGUACAGUAUUUAGAUUCACAGUUCCCUGGCCUGCAAAACAUGGCAGCAUCCUUCUUUUCAUUGUUCAACUAAACCAAUAAAUGGAAAUCUUGUCACGGUCUUAGUACUAGGUUCAUGAAGGAAAAUGUUUUUCAAUUAUAUACCUCUCAAUGUACAACUACUUUUACAAUAGGAAACAUCCACAAAAACUCAAUUAACAUUGGACUGAAUAGCUCCUUUCAAAGUAUCUUACCUGGGAUUUCUGCUAGAAUGUAUGCUAGCUGAAGUAGACACAUUCUUAGUACUACAAAAGACUAUCAGAACUCUUGCUAUUCUCGUAAGGAUUUUAUUUCUAAGUGUUUUGUUUUGAAAUCUAGAUGGGUUGUUUUUGGUUAUUUUUUGUAUGUUUGGGGUUUUUUUGAAGAAACUAAUAGCUGUUUUAAAAAGGGCCCCUUUCUGAAAUAUAAAAGAACAUCUGCAAGUCUGAACUAUGGAUGCUUGGAAGUUGAUAUUUUCCUAAUUUGCAUUGAUCAAAAUGCCCUCUCUAAGGACUGCAUUGCAGAGAAGGGAUAGCAGAAAUUGAGAUUAUGUCUUGGUUUCAAAAGGUACUGUAAUUUUCUCAAUCUCUGACAUGGCAUAAACCCACAGUAUGGACUACAGCUAUAGCAUGAUACGUUCCCAAGGUGGGUAGAGUCAAUGGUGCAUUUUAUAAUGUGUGAUUAAAAACAAUGCAGAAAGUGGAACUAGCAAAAGCCACCUGUUAGAUCAAUUACAGAAACAAGAUCUUGCUUAACCAUGGUUCUCCAGCACACGCCCAUCCCUGCACAAGCCCU